AUGACGAAAAACCCAAAUCAUCCCCAUUGUUGGAAAAUGGGAGGAAUUGGAAAGACUACUCUAGCCAGAAAUGCUUACAAUGAUGCUGAAAUUAAGACCAUUUUUGAAGAUAAAAUGAUUUGGGUUUGUGUCUCAGACCCAUUUGACAUUGGUAGGAUUGCCAAUGAAACUAUUAAACAACUCACUCGUCAAACCCCAGCUGAUAAGAGGUUUCUAUUGGUACUAGACUAUGUGUGGACUACUGACUACAAGAAGUUUUCAAGAUUGGUGGUGUUGAAACUGGGAAGUACAGUUGUGGUGACAAUGCAGAAUGAGGAGGUGGCCAAAAUGAUUGGAGACACAAACAAGAUUUGCAUGGAUAAAUUGGCUGAAGAAGAUUGCUGGCUGUUGUUAAGAGAAAUAGCACUUUCUAACAGGAUGGAACAAACUUUUGGGAGUCUUUUGCAUGUUAAAGAUAUUGAAGAUUGGCUUGAAACGUUAACAAGUGAAUUAUGGGAGUUAAAAAAUGUGGAGGAAAGGAAUGAAACAGGGGUUGUGGGUUGGAAAAUGAAGGACCCUUUGAAAAUAAUGCCUUUGUCUUGA